AUGGCAGUUUCUGACAUUAAGCCAAAAUUUAAGCUGGAUCCUCUAACAAAAGUACCCAGUUCCCCUGGCAAGAGGGAUAAAGAUUUACCAGGAUCUCUCCCAUGCCAAUUAGGGUACAAAGAAAGGAAGUUGAGUACUUCACAAAUUCAAGCCUUUCAAGAUGCCUACAACUUCUUUACCAAGGACAAAACUGGCAGUAUUGAUUUACAUGGAAUGAUGUGCACUUUAGCUAGGGUGGGAAUGCAUCUAACCAAGCAUGAUGUCUAUAAUGAAUUAAAAUAUGCUGAUAUUGAUCGAGAUGGGAAAGUGAAUUUCUCAGACUUUAUAAAGGUGCUAACAGAUAAGGACCGCUUCCUUAGAGCUGUGGUUCCAGAAAAAGACAAGUGUUUAGAUUUUGCUGGCAACCCAGGGAUCCUGUUGUUUGAAAUUCUAUCAAAGCUUGUAGAGAUGUCAGCCUUACCCAGAAAGACUAUAAUGGAAUUAGUAAGCUAUUUCCAAAGAAAAUUCCAAGAAGCCACCUUAGGAAUAUUGUGGAAUUCCUCCCCCAUGGGUUAUGGAAAAAGGAGAUUUAAGGCAGACAUGUGCACACCUCUGACCUCAAGCACGGCUGCCUUUACUAAUGCUGCUCGGAUUACAUUAAUGAAAGAAAAGGAUUUAUUCAAAUAUCUUGAGGAGCUCAGGAGAUGCAAUCCUCCUUCAGAUAACCCAUAUUCAAAAAUACCCAUCUUUCCAUUGUUUCCUAAUAUGGAUGGGCUGGUAAUGGGAAAGCCAUUCAAAGACAUGCAUAAAUUAGAAAUGCUUAGGAGAAAGGAGCCUCUGAGUUUCUUUGAUAACUACUUUUUCCAUAAAAGGGAUUGGAAAACACAGGCAGCAGAUAUAAAGCCUAUCGACUCUUCCUCUGGCUACCCAGCUGAGAUCAUCACCAUUGACCAAAUGCUCAAGAAAAAGCAGAAAUGGAACAUAGCUGAGACAGCUAAUCUUAGACCACAGGUGAAGAGAGCUCUAGAUAUCUAUCACUUAGGAGUUGCUCUUGAGCACCGAAAAGAUAUGCUAAAUUUCUGGCAUGACAUCCGAGGGGAUUUGGUUGCAGUAGACACUAAAAAUGAGUCCUUUUAUGAAACCUUUUCUACUUAUACAUGGUCCUGGAAUGUUUGCCAAGAAUUACUUUCCCCAAAGGACUUAAGGUUAUAUGAUGCCUGCAUGAAUAGAAAUUCCUCCCACAAUUCUUCAUUCUCUUCCUCUUCGGAUACCAAUGAAUGUGACAUAGAAACAGGAAGAAAAAGAAAACGGAAAGGUUCCAAAGGGUUUCGACAAUGA